AUGUUCUGGAUGUACCGAACAGUUCAGAUUGUUCUUCAGAAAUCAGUUGUAUUCGGGCUGUCUUUUCAUUUCAUCAUCAAUAGUUUUACUUAUGCCAUGUCUGUAAGUGUAAAUGUCACCAACCACAAGAUGACAGACAAGGCGGUUCCUGACGAACUGAAUAUCACGCUCACCACUGAUGCAGGUUCUCAGACCCAUCUCCACCUGAAGCGUGUGGAUCAUAUAAGCCCCAACAUCCCUGUGUACACACAUGGUGUGGGCACAGAUGGACAACACGUCCACCAGCGAGAGCAGCUGCAGGAUAAGCAGAAUGUAGGUUAUUACCAAGACGUGAAUAGUGAGGCUGUCAUUCAAGUGACAAGAACAAACGAAUUGGAACAGAAAGAGGUUUAUUUUGUUUUGAAAGGAGAGUUAAAUAUCGCAGGCAAUAAAUACACACUUACUUUGGGAACACGCAGAAAACGAAAUGGUAGAAUACCGACACAUCAGCAGCAAUCCAGUGAAGCAUAUAAUUUGUUUCCACAAUCACCGACCCGCUUUGUUCAGAACGACUACUUGGAUGCACGUAAGUACAUCCCAGUUAUCUAUAUUCUUGUAUCGGCGGCCUCCUCUUCUGCAUUAUCUGACAUACCAUGGCUCUCGGCAGAAGGAGCCUCACUUCCCAUUUCACUGCCUACAAAACCCGCACUGCCACCUCGUGCUUCAUCCAGCCGGCGACGGCGUCAGUCUCAGGUGGGAGAGAACUAUUUCAUCGAUGUUGUUGCUAUAGCUGACUACGCCACCUACAGACGGUUUGCUACCAGCUCUAUGACUAGGACAGAUACUCUCCAAGCCAUGAGAGAAUACUAUGCCUUCAUUUUUACUGGAGUGGAUUUGCGAUAUCAAAGAAUCACAUCCACAAAUUACGCCAUCCAUGUACGUCUAAUCAAAGUUAUAAUAACAGAGACUGCAGCAGCCAGCACCUUCACCGAGAGGUUCAGGGUCAUCAGUAAACCCUGGGAUGAGGUGGACGCCCAGAGGGUUCUUAGCGCCUUCAGUGAUUUUGCGGCUGGUGUUGGCAGUGACAUGCUCAAUCCGUCCGACCAUGCGAUGCUGUUCACUGGGUAUGACUUGACCUCGACGCUGGCACAGUCCGUGAAUACAAAUGCUACAACAGGCCUGGCUUUCACAUCAACCUUAUGUCGGACCGACGGUAAGAGUAUCUCUGUGAUUGAGGAUCUUGGCGGCUUCCAGGCAGUGGACACAGCAGCCCAUGAGCUGGGUCACAGCUUGUCAGCGAGGCACGACGGGGACGGCAACAGCUGCCAUUCAUCAGACAGGUACAUUAUGGCGAGUGGUAGCAGCCAGGUCACUUCCAGCAACAGGUUCAACCCCUGGCUGUUCUCGCGCUGCAGCAUUGCUUCCUUCACUAACUUCCUUGGUAGCACCCUCAGAACAAUGCGAGGUCAGACCUGUCUGUUGUCCUCUUUGCCGAUUGAUGCUGGCGUUCCGGACGUCAGCAGCCGUCUGCCAGGACAGGAGUUCCCGCCAGAUGACCAGUGUCGGAUGAUUUAUGGGAGUGCUUCCCGGAUGUGCAGA